AUGUAUCACGGUAUGAGAGUAAGAUCCCGGGAGGGACGGCAAGGGCGAGCGGCAAUUGGACAGUUUGUUCGCUGUUUGUCCCAGCAUCUAUCGAUAUCUGCCUCAAACACGGCGCAAAGUUCCCCAAUCACCUUCAAUGUUUCCAUGUUGAAGGUACCUUCGAACUAUGGAUAUUACAGUUCGCGGGUAAAUCGUUUGUACAACGAAGACAACCACCAGGUGGGGAUCUUGGAUAUUGAUUUCAACGAGAAAUCGGUCGAUUUGGGCAAUAGGACAGACAACAAGUCUUUGGAGGCAAGAAUAAGCCAGAUAGAAGAGCCGCAAUACAAUAGCGUCUCGUCCAAGACAAAAGUGUUCAAUUUCAGUAUUUUCGAUGGCCACGGUGGUAACGAGUGUUCGACAUACGUUCGGAACCAUUUGCUUGAGAACAUUGAAAAGUUCAAGAUCAGUGACAAGAGCAUCAACCAACUAUUCAAGUUCUAUCAAAAGGAAAUCGGAGGGUACUGGAGACGGUGGACGCGGCGGAAAAACUUGCAUUUUAUCAACAGCAUGGGAUUAGACAAUUAUAUACGAUCCAUCCAGGGCAACUUAUUGAUUCACGACCCAAACCUGGAGAACCACAGGCUUUGGGAUUACGAAGAGUUCAAAAAUAGCAUUUCGGGACAGGACUUCUUCAAGCUACGCAUUCUACUCGGGUUUCUGUACACGGAUUACCAAUUUCUGAAUUUCGAGGACAAAAUGAACGACCUGAAGCAGAAUAAAGACCAUUUGAUUAACUCAGGGUCCACCGCAACAAGUGCAUUUUUCUACACGCUUGACUACGAUAAAACAAAUCCAAACGGGUAUUUCUACGAAGAAGACGUCCUGAGUCGGCUGGUGAUUGCUCAUGUUGGAGACACACGCGCGAUUUUGUGUGAUAGAGACGGGACAGCCAGGAGUCUGACGAAAGACCACCACCCGUCCAAUCCAAUAGAGUCUCGAAGAUUGACCAGGUACAGCACGGGGCUCAUGAUGACGGACUCGUUUGGCGAGGAGCGCUUCUUGAACUAUGCAAACACCCGAGCGUUCGGCGAUCUCACGGCCAAGAAUAUUGGAGUCACUGCGGAGCCGGAAAUCAGCGAGUUUCUGGUUGGCAACGUUCGGUUGUUGCAAAAGUACAAGCGGGACCACCGCGAUUACAUCAAGAAAACGAAUAUGGUGGACUUUGGCGGCGACGACUGUUUCCUUGUGCUGGUCACUGACGGCGUGACGAACAUGCUGUCUGACCAGGAGGUAGUUGACCUGAUUACAAGCACCACCAACAAUAAAGGUGCAUUACGCGGGACUCCGGGCGAGGCCGCGCGCGAGGUAGUCCAGUUUGUGGAGUCGAUUGGCGGCGACGAUAACGCUACGUGUCUGGUGAUCAAGCUGGGGGGCUGGAGCAGAUGGCCGAUGAUCGACCGCACGGGACAGCUUCGGGAGUCGAAAAUCAUGAGUGGACGUCGGGAACGGUGA